GUUAUGAGCAAUACUUUGCAAUCAUAUGAAAAUACCUGUCAUCAGUAUGAGAAGGAUCAGAUGUAAUUUAAGAGAAGGAAGGACAUGAACCUUAAGGAUGAGUAUUCCAUUAAAGAAAAGCAAAAGGGACUUCUUGAUUUCGAUGAGACAAGUUAGAAGGAAAAUUAAACGUAUAAAACAUUCAGUUUUAGAUAGAUAAAUGUCAUUGAUGAAAAAAAACUAUACCAAGUAUAUACUCAAGAUGCAAAAUUUGAAUCUACUUAAUAGUUAUGAUCAUAAUGUAAGAGUGUUGGAUCUUUCAAAUUCCAAAAUGACUUCUUUGCAUGAAGGCAUCAAACAAUAUGCUCGCUUAUCCAUCAUCAAUUUAGCCAACAAUCUCUUUCAGGAAGUGCCAACUUGCCUAUUUGAAUUAUAUCUCUCGCAUAUCAAUCUCAACAACAAUCUAUUGAAGACUCUCUAAUUGGGGGAUAAGUGGAAAACAUCACUGGAGAGACUGGAUGUAGGCAAAAAUCACAUUCGCAUUUUACCAGAUGAGUUAUUCCAGAUGGAACAACUAAAGAUUGUGGAUUUAAGAAGCAACGACUUCACCAAAUUACCAAAAGCAAUAUUGAAUUUAGAGAAACAACUCAAAGGACUGGGUUUAGAUUGGGUUAAAUACACUAAUCAAAACUAUUUUGUAUCCAGUAUAACUAAUAUAUUUAUCUUUAAUUUAGAGAAGGACAUGAUGAUAACAGAUGAUCUCUCAAGAUUUUGGGACCAAGUAAAUUAACUACUUAAAGAUAAUGAAUGCAUCCUCUGUCAUGAAUACUUGAUAUUUAAUUAAAAAUAUCAUGAUGAUCAGAUUCAAGAUUCAAUUACUGUACAAAUCCCCAAACAGUCCAACAUUGUUAGAGCUACUCAGAGAAAUACGGAAUUGACCCUCCAGGAGUUGACUAGUAGUUGCCAAUUCAUUCAAACUAAAACCUUAGGGCAAGAUGCUGAUGCAUCUGAUUACGGAUCAAAUCUAAUGCAUAUGGCAGUUGAGAAUGAAGAUAUCGGUAUUGUGAGAGCUCUUCUUAAUAUAAGAUUUGAACUAUCCUCAUAAUUAGAUGAUGCUUCUCACACUCCACUUUCAUUGGCAAUCAAAGAGGAAAAGUAUCAUUGUGCCAAAAUCAUCAUAAAUGCAUCAACUAAUCUAAAUAUAGGAGGGUAAUUCAUCUCAUUUAUUUUUAAAGUGGAGAAUACAACAGUGUUCUUAAUUAGGCUGUGAGUAAAACAUAAUAUUAUCUAAUCAAAGACAUCUUAAAUGCCAAAGUUUAAAUUAACAAGUAAGAUAAAAAAGGUAAUGGCCCUUUGCAUAACUUGAUUCCAUCUUUUAAAAAGAAUCUCUAAGAGGCUACAAGAAUUGGGCAUCUCUUAAUUGAAAGGGGUGCCGAUCCUAAUUUAAAGAAUAUCAACAAUAAUACACCUCUUCAUCUUGCUAUCAAAAAAUCCUCAUAUUCUGCUUUACGAUUUGCUAUUUCCAUAAAUGAAUAAUACUAACGUGAUGUGUUUUCAUUCAAAUUACUAGGUCACAAAGGCAAUUCAGGUAUCAAUUUAUCUCUAAUUAGUAAUGCAUUUUGCUGCCAAAAGCGAAAAUAUUAAAAUUAUAUUGCAACUUUAUUCCAUCAACCCUUACUUGCUAUUCACUUAUAAUGAGGAUCAGAAACGCCCUUUCGAUAUCAUCCAAAAGAACUUCACUCUGAGCAAACUCAUUUCAGUUUUAGAGCUUAUCUAUAUUAAAAACAAUAUUCUUAAACAGCACUUGAAAGCAAAUAGCUCCUCUACUGCAUAGCAAAUCAAAGAGGAAUAGACUCAAUAAAUUAAGUAGAAGGAAUAGGACAUCUAAUUUUCAAAAAAAAAUAGUUUUGAUUUAGUUGAAUCAGAUGAGGAAGGUACUAACAGAAUUGGAUUAAAUAACUUUCAAAUCUUACCGAAUUUAAAAAGACAACAAUCUCAACCACCUAGAAGACCAACAAUCAAGAAGGAGAACAAGGUAUCUUGUGAGAAUGCAGGACCAAUUUUUAUUCAUAAAUCUAUCCAAUAGGAUAGAAACGAUAUUAAGUAAAUAGAAUUGUAAAAUCAGCAAAACAAUAGCAAAUUCAAAGAAAAUAAGCAUAUUAAUAAAUAGAUUCAUAAGUUAUUGAAGGAUAUAGAGAACAUUCAAACUCUAAUGUAGACUGAAAAAGAUUAGUACUCUUAAAUUGCUUUGGAGAAACUGUUUAUUUCUUUAAUUCAAUAAUUAAAUUAUUAUAAGGAGGAUCCUCUCACAAACUUAAUGAUAAAAAAUGCUACUUAAUUAUAGAAGAUAGAGUUUGAAUGUAGACAAACAACUAACCUUUCUUAUGAUACUUCUCCGUUAUUCUUAGAAUACGAAUAAUUUAUGAAGCUAUGA